AUGGCGGCUUAUCACACAACUUUCGUCGUCUUGUGUACAUUAUAUUGGUGUCUUUGCAGUAAUUUGGCAGAUGGACGAUCUUUCACUGUUGACUGGGAUAAUGACUGUUUUUUGAAAGAUGGCAAGCCAUUUCGUUACAUCUCUGGAAGUAUACAUUAUACAAGAAUACCUAAAUUCUAUUGGCAAGACAGACUAAAGAAGAUGUACACUGCUGGUCUUAAUGCUGUGCAAAUAUACAUUCCAUGGAAUGUGCAUGAACCUACCGAGGGAAAAUUUGUUAUGGAAGGAGAUGCUGAUUUGCCAGGAUUUCUACAGCUUGCCAAUGAUACUGGUCUACUGGUUAUAGCAAGAAUUGGACCAUACAUAUGCGGCGAAUGGGAUAUGGGCGGUUUACCAUCCUGGUUAUUGAAAAACAAUCCCAAAAUUCAGUUGAGAUCAUCAGAUCCAGAUUACCUUAAUCCAGUGGAUAAAUGGCUGGAUACACUGUUUCAGAUCAUCUCGCUAUAUCUCUACAAAAACAAAGGACCCAUUAUAUCGGUACAAAUUGAAAAUGAAUAUGGUAGUUAUUAUUCCUGUGAUUAUGAUUAUUUGAGAUUUCUACGAAAUAAAGCAAUGGACAAACUUGGCGAUGAUGUGGUGCUAUUUACAACGGAUGGUCCCACUCAGAAUAUGUUGAAAUGUGGUACAUUGCAAAAUGUAUUAACAACGGUGGACUUUGGAUCAGGUAAGCAUACACUGCAAUUGUCUCUUUUACAGAUCAAUUCUGAAUAUUACACAGGAUGGCUAGACCACUGGGCAUCUCCACACUCUGUAGUGAACAAAGACAGAAUUGUUAAAACACUGGAUUCUAUAUUAGCAAUGAACGCCUCUGUAAAUAUGUAUAUGUUUAUUGGCGGUACUAAUUUUGGAUUCAUGAAUGGUGCUAACUACUACCCAUAUAAACCACAGCCUACUAGUUAUGAUUAUGACGCUCCGUUAACUGAAGCCGGUGACCCUACCGAUAAAUACAUGGCAAUACGGAAGGUUAUUGGACAGUACAGGGAGUUACCACCAGAUCCAAUACCACCACCAACCCCCAAAUCAGCGUAUGGUAAAGUAACUAUGUCUAAAAUAUCUACGUUUUAUGAUGAGUUAGAAGUUAUGGCUCCAUAUGGUCCUAUCAAUACAACGUAUCCUAUCACAAUGGAAGACAUGCAGCAGAGUUAUGGAUUUAUAUUAUAUAGAACAACUAUCAAUGAAGAUCAUAGUUCUAGUGUUUUAAGUAUCCCUGGUAUUGGUGACAGAGGAUAUGUCUGCAUAAACCAGACUGUAUUGGGUAUUUUAUCGAGAAUGACUUAUGAUCCUAAUCUCAACACCUCUCUCAACAUCACAGCAAAGAAAGGAGAUAUUUUAGAUAUUCUUAUUGAAAACCAGGGACGAAUAAAUUAUGGAAAGUACAUCAAUGAUUCCAAGGGAAUAGUCGGUAAUGCUACACUGGCGAAUGUCACAAUACAGUCCUGGUCCAUCUACUCCUUGGACAUGGAUCUUGUAGUCAAUCCUGGUAACUUCAUGAGAAAAAAAAAUUACUAUGGUAUGAAGUACAAGCCAUCAGCGUCUUUGGAAGUUGCCUCAUUUUACACCGGGGUGUUGAGUGUGGAUAAUGUACAAGAUACCUACCUUAAUAUGAAAGGAUGGACCAAGGGCCAGGUAUACAUAAAUGGAUUCAACCUUGGUCGUUACUGGCCUGUUGUAGGACCUCAGGUGACACUCUAUGUACCCGCUAAUAUACUGCAAACUGGAGACAACACUGUUGUGUUAUUUGAAUUGGAAAAAGCACCCUGUACUGGUUCCUAUGGAAACUGGAUACUGGCUGGAGAUUGUCAAAUUGAGUUCAUUGACAGGCCGAUAAUUAAUGGAACAGCAUUACUUGAGAAGAAUACAGACGACGAAUUUGAUAGAAAUCUGUGAACAAUACUGGUCAAAGGUUGUGUUUACUGUGAUGUACAAAAAUUGAAGAUGUAAUCUGUGGGGCUGUGAACAGAGUAAAACUUGGAAAAUAAAAACCUUGUAUUGGUAGUACCUACACUUUAUGUGCUGGUAUUAAAUUUGAAAAGCAUGUGCACUAGUGGUUGCAUUAUUUAAUUAAUACUUAUUCAUAUUGUCUUUUUUUAAAAAAAAACAAUGUUUAUUUUCAUAGAUUGUCUUACUGGGCCAUAAUGUUAUUAUAAGAAAUGUCUUUCCAUAUCAAUCGUGAAGGAAGAAUGUAGGGUUAACACAUUUGUAGUGAAGCUACUUACAAGACAAACCGGAUUUUUCAAAUUCUGUCUUGUAUAAAUGCACUUUAACUGCACUUUCCACCAGAAAGCAUUUCUGAACUGUUGUGAAACAUCAAUACACAAUGAUACAAUUAAGUAAGUUUCUUACUCUUUAAUAUCUUUGACAUUAAAAAUUUACAAACAUUCACAAAGUACAUCAUAAAUUCCUCUCUGUACCAAUAUACUGUGCUCUAAUUUAGUUUUCAAUAAGUUUUAUAAAGCAAGCACCUUUUCCGUACUGCAACUGUAAUAUUUCUACAGUUGUCUUGUACGAAUAAAAAACAAUGGUUAAACCAAGCUUUAAAUGAGCAUUGCUCAUUUCUAAACUACUGACAGUGUGUUGGAUCAAACCAUUAUUAUUACUGGUUGGUGGAAAUUAUGGCUAGAAUUCAGUGUUGUACCAGGAGAAUUCCAUCUCUUUGUGGUUACAGUACCGUAAUUAAACUCCAUUGUUUAUCAAUUAUACACUUGUGGUCUACAAUGUCUUUACAAGAAUACAGAUUAUCAUAGGAAACCAUGUAGAUUCUUGCUCCCACCACCUUAAAAAAUAAUUGUUAGUCCUUUUUCCCUUCACUUUAUUAUUGCUGGAAAAUAACUGUUUAUCUUGCACUGGUGCAAACAUUCACUUCUCUUUGACUGAAAAUACAGAAUAACUUUAGCCAUUACCACAGAAGGCACUCACAAAGCCUGUAUUAGUGAUGGAAGUCCCUAGAAGCUUUUACUACAUGUGAAAACUUGUAAUUCAAAGUCAUAAUAAACAGUAACUAUAUAAACUUG